GCAAAUGAGAAGAUGCAACGUCAGUAAUUUCACCAACACUCUAUCAAUUCUCGAAUUCAUCACUCAAUCUUCACAUCAACAUCACAUUUUUCAACAUGUCGACCACUACAGUAACUCACACCCAAAACGGCGAUUUUCACAGCUCCAUCCUCCGCGAUUAUGAGCUUCACCAUUCUCAAGCCCGUGAGGAAUCGCCUGAUUGUCGAACAUCGCCUGUGACGUCCGCAGAGCAUCCGGAGUUUGAUCUGCCGCAUCGUCGUGUGCCGGAGUAUAGACCGCUUAAUCGAGAUGAGGCGCAUGUCAAUGGCGUUCGCGUCUAUACAAGCCCGGCUGAAAGGUUCUUUAUCACCGCUAUGUUUAGAGGCCUAAGUGUCAACGCUGGCGCUGCUCAGUAUUGGAGGGCAUCGAUUGGGAGGUUUACGGAUAAGGUUUGGAAGUACCAAAUUGGAGGAGAGUUUUAGAUCGGCAGUUGAUUUAUUUGAGGGUCGGAGUUUACUAUUGAGUUUCUUUUCGUAUUCAGACACAUACCAGUUCUAUCGAAUUACUACAUUUUUCAUUCUGACCUUUGUUAUAUGUACAUAAUCAGCAACUGUCCUUGUAAGAGAUAGCUCAAGUAGUCAAGCUAGAACUAUGAAGCUAGGAUCAUUGGUAAACGAUUCUAUAAAUGACCCCAUAGUUUAGGCAUAUAUAAACCUCUAUCCUACUUCAAGGUGCUUUCGGAAAACCAUAAAAGCU